AUGGAGUCUAAACCUAUACUAUUCUAUGACCUUGCUGGAAGAGUAAACAAGUGUUACUCAAACAACACUUGGAAAAUACGUUUGGUGCUCAAUUAUAAAGCCGUCCCCUACGAGGUUGUGCACACUGAAUACCCUGACAUCAAAGAUCUUCUUAUUUCCAAAGGCGUGAAACCUAAUGUUAUCGACGAAUAUACAUGGUUUCCAUUUACUCUUCCGGCAGUGACACUUCCUAACGGAUCGACUGUUCAAAACUCACGUGCUAUUGUGGACGAGCUCGAACGGCUAUUUCCAUCACCAUCUAUGCGGCUUGACAAUGGCUACACGGAGCGCGCAAUACGGCUCGCCCACGACCUAGAUGGGGCUUGGGGCAGAUGA